GAGUCUAUCAAAUAUUAGACCAAGCCAAGGGCUGCAUGCACGAAGAGGGGAAGACAGCGCACAACACAAGUUAAGAUGGCUGUGUUCUUUUAUGUGUUCGUCGCCAGCAUGUUGACUGCCUGCCACGCUGCCAAGCCUCCCCACAUCGUGUUCAUCUUCGUUGAUGACCUGGGCUGGAGCGACGUGGGAUAUCAUAAUAUAACCGACCUCAAGACGCCUAAUAUUGAUCGGCUUGCGGGAGAGGGGGUUGUUCUGGAGAAUUAUUACGUGCAGCCGAUCUGCACACCAGCAAGAGGCACUUUUCUCUCGGGAAGAUAUCCAAUUCAUACAGGUCUGCAGCAUAGCAAUAUUCAUGAGACAGAACCCUUUGGUCUCCCCCUGGACUUCACUCUAUUGCCGCAGAAACUCAAGAAGGCUGGUUACUCCACACACGCUGUCGGUAAAUGGCAUUUGGGAUUUUUCGAGAAGGAAUAUACACCACUAUACCGCGGGUUUGAUACAUUCUUCGGGUACUACUCGGGCUCCGAGGACCAUUACACCCACAAGAGGAAAAAGAUACUGGACUUACACGACCAGGAGGAGCCAGUCACCAACCAGGAAAACCACUACUCAGCCAACAUGUUCUCGGAGAGAGCCCAGCGUAUUAUCUCUAAUCAUAACCCGUCCACGCCACUGUUCCUCUACCUCCCAUUCCAAUGUGUCCAUGCUCCCCGCGAAGCCCCGAUGAGAUUUGUAAAUAUGUACAAUCACAUCAAGAACAAGAAACGGCGCCUGUACGCGGGUAUGGUGAGCGCAGUAGACGAGGCCAUUGGUAAUGUUACAAAAACUUUACAGCAAAGAGGGUUAUGGAAUAACACUCUCCUGGUCUUCUCCUCUGAUAACGGCGGAUUACCCUUAGGCGGAGGAUAUAACUGGCCGCUUAGGGGUUACAAGGGCCAUUUGUGGGAGGGAGGGGUGAGAGCGGCAGCGUUUGUUCACGGCAAAAUGUUAAAGAAUAAGGGAUCACGGUCUAAGGAGCUGCUACAUGUUAGCGAUUGGUACCCAACAUUUACAGCUUUGGCAGGGCUACAAGACACGGACAACGAAGCGCGUGUCCCUCCCCUGGACGGGAUGAAUGUAUGGGAGACAAUAUCUAACGGCGCACCCUCCCCCCGACAGGAGAUUCUGCUAAACAUUGAUGUCCCUUCCCUACUCCCCUUUCCUGACGGCGUACCUUUCCAGGGGAGUGCUGUGCGCAUGGGUGACAUGAAACUGCAUGUUGGUGUUCCAAAUACCACGUGGUACAAGCCACCAGAGCUCGGUGGAGGACUGGGUUGGCACUGGCGGAGCUUUGAUGAGAACAACACGAUCAAGGAAGCCCUUUAUAAUAUUACCGCUGACCCUGAGGAGCGACAUGACUUGAGUACUGAGCUCCCGGAUGUGGUUGCUAGGCUACGCCAGCGUAUAGAUUACUAUAUGAGCGGCGCGGUGCUUUCUGGAAAAAGGCCACCAGAUCCACAGGCGCUCAAGACGGCCAAGAAAAAUGGGUGCUGGGGACCUUGGCAACAGAAGAAUGACAUUUUGAACAAGUAGCUAUUGGACUGAUAAAAGAUUAGUGCUGUUUAGCUUCCUCCGCUAGUCUCUCCUUUUGGGGAUUCCUGUGGCAACGUGAAGAGGAGGGGGUCUAGAUAUAUGUCAGAGCGGGGGCCGGAGGAAGCCUGGCACCUUAGAAAGAAUCAAUAAAGGAGGAAAUGCCUGUGAAGGGAUAUAAGUGGUAAGGUUGACCAAUUCUGGUGGCACUCUUGAAUAAACAUUAUCAGGCUUGUAA